AAAUCACCCAAAAGCAAAGCAGAAAAUCAUUAUAUUUAUGCAGACCGUUGCAUUUAGACGAAUCUGCAUUAUGCUCCUAUUUCAAAUCAUAUACAACAGCUCUUUUAUCUUUUUGUCUUUUUCGUCUUUCUCUCUCUUUUCUUUUUUUUUCUUUUCUGCCUCAAAAUGUGUGAUUUCUUAUAAAGAAUGUCUAAUAAUAGUAGAAUCGCACGUCCAUCAUCCGUUACAUCCAUCAACCAUUUUCCUAUGAAUAACAGACAACGUAUCUCUUGUGAUUAUGAAAAGAAAAAACACAAGAGACCCACCUCGGGCUUAUCCAAAUCACAAUCCAUGCAUCGAUUAGCCUAUCUUAGUGACGACGACGAUGAUGAUGAGGAGGAUGAAGAACAACAAAGACAUCAUCGAGCCAUACUCAGUCGAGCAACCACUACACCUAUGCCAAGACCUUCUAGUUUGAUUAAACGAUUUUCUUCAGAUCAUCAUCAUCCUGGUGUCUUGGUGCCCAAAUCAUCUCUCACAAGAACAAAUUCAGUUAAAUCAGCUUCUUCCACUACAUCCAAUAACUCACCUGCAAAGGCUUCUGCCAUGAAACGAUCAUCUUCACUCAUGAACCCCGUGGAUUAUACAAGUAGUGGCAAUGAUGAAUAUCAUUAUUUCAGAUUAGGCCAAAAAGUGAGUGUCCCUAGCAUGGCUGUAUUUGGCACAGUUCGCUUUUAUGGGGAAACAAGGUUCACACAUGGCAAUUGGGUUGGAAUUGAAUUAGAGAUCAAAGGCAGUGGAAAAAAUGAUGGCAGUAUUCAGGGUGUUCGUUAUUUCUCUUGUCCUCAGGAUUCUGGUCUUUUCAUUGCUGCUAAUAAAGUCGUGGCUAUCGAAAAACCCAAACGAACCACCCAACCUCCCGCCAUCAAAAAAACCAUGAUGAAGCGUACCACAACACUGCCAGCACCGGCUACACCCGCUCCCAGUAAAUCAGCACGUAUCGUAUCCAACAGUCAUUAUCAACCUUUACCUACACGUAGUAGUCCUUCCAGUGUAUUAAACAAAAAGACCACGCAAAAUAUACCUUCAUCUAAAUCUACUCAUACUGCCAAACUCAAGAAAUCUUGUUCACUUUCUACCGCUGAUGGAAACCAUGAGCUACCGGUGCGACCCAGCUCCAGCUCCAAAACAACACGUACCGAAGUAGAUGAAUUGAAGCGCGUAUCGGCCUUAUUAGAAAAGUCUCGUCAAGAGCAAAAAGCCCUCUCUCAACAGAUGGAUGGGAAAGAGGCAGCAUGGGAACGUUUGGUAUCAGCUAAAGAAAGCUACGCAUUGCGCGUGCAAGAAAAAGAAGACGAACUGGUGCGUUUAAAACGAGAGAUUGCGCAGACUCAAUUAGCCAAUGAGCAACUCAAGAAAAUGAGUAGUGAAAAGGAAGGUGCCUUGUCUCGAGCCAGUAUGUCAGAGGCAAUGGAACGUCAACAUAUCAAGGUGAUUGAACGUUUGGAUUUACGUGUGAAGACUUUACAGGACGAAAAUACCAAACUUGUUUCAACUUAUGAAAGCAAGCUGCGUGAUCAUGCAGCAAAGAUCGAUCAAUUGUACAAACAAUUGUCGGAACAUGAUGCAUCUACCGCCGCUAUCGAGCGGGAAUGUGCUGAUUUACGACAUGUGAACAGAGAGAAUUUACGAGCUUAUGAAGCUUCCAUGCACGAAUUACAGCAGGAAUAUCAAGAUACAGUGAUUAUGAAGGACACACAAAUUCAGAAGUUGCAAUAUAUGGUGAAUGAUUUCUCCAAUUGUCUAUCUCCAUCCUACUCUCCUAUACUUCAAGACGAUUCUAGAUCAAGAUUAGAAGCUCAGUUAGACUUGUCCACACAGGAACUGGAUCAUGAACGCGAAUUAAGAAAAGCCAUGGCAUCCGAUAUCGAUCAAUUGAAAGCAGAGAUCAAACGACUUCAUCGUGCUUCCAUCUCAUCCAGCUCACAAGUAUGCUCCAUACGAGACGAACUCGAAAACGAAAUCAAGGAUAAGCGAAGAAUUAUGGAGGAAGCCAAUGCGGCACUCGAAUCACAAUCUCGCAUCGAAGAGGAAAACGAACGUAUUCGUCUCACACAUGAUAAAACACAGCGUGAUUUAGCAGACUUGUUACGUAAGCUUGCAUCGAUGGAGAAACAGAGAAAUACAAUGGCUGAUGAAGAAUCCUUACUGGAAAGAAAUCGACAAUUAGAAUUGGAAAAUGAACGUAUAUUGGAAUUACAAAGACAGACAGAACAUGAAUGUAUGCGACUCAUGGAUGAAAUCAUGACGAUAGAGAAAUUGAAUGAGGAUCAACAAGAUGACGAUAAAGAAGAGGAAAGAGGAGGUGAUGAACGCAUGUAUAAAAAGGAAAUUGAACAGCUGAAAUUACAAGUUCUUCGAGAAACGAAAAAAUAUCAAGAUUUGGAAACGGCUAAACAAGUUAAAUUGGAUCAGUUGAAUAAAGAACUAUCUGAUUUAGAAUCUUUGGUUGAAAAUAAAGUAUUCCAUGAAACUGAACUGGAGGAAAGACUGGAAAACGAAAAGAGAAAGGUCAGGUCGUUGGAAGCCAAAUUGAAAGAAGAAGACGAUCAUAAACGAAUGAUGAUGCAUAAUCCACCUAUGUCUCCAACCUCUCCUCAAUACCCUUCCAUGUUUCAAAGAAACAAGAAAAGAUCUUCCUCUACCACUGCUAGUUCAUUUACGUUAAUGACAAGCAGUAGUUUAGACACUGUAUCCGAUCAUGGUGCUCUCUUAGAAAGUGUCUAUUGUGAAAUAUGUGAAGACUAUGGCCAUGAUGUGAUGACCUGUACUGCAUUUAUACCAAUUGAAGACUAUGAGCAUGACGCUCUACCUUCCUCAUCCUAUUACUGUGUUAAUUGUGAUAUAUUUGGAAUUCAUCCUACAGAAGAAUGUCCAAAUCAAGAUGAAACUUUUUAAUUUUUUGUUUUUUUGUUUUUGUAAUCCCCCCAUCCCCCAACACCACCCUCCCCUUAUAUGUCUAUAUAUAAUUUUGCAUUACAGUUCGGCUGUUAAAUUUUUACCUGUUCUAAAAAAUAAAUGACAGAUGAUUGUCGUUUUUUUAAAAAAUUACUUUUAUCUCUU